UGACAUUUAAAAACACAGGAGCUUUGACCCACAGCAGCAGUAACAGCAGUCAUUAUGGGGAAGAUCAUCUUCUAUGAGGAGAGGAACUUCAGAGGCCGUUAUUAUGAGUGCAUGAGCGAUUGCGCCGACCUGCACUCCAUGUUCGACCGCUGCCGCUCCAUCCGGGUGGAGAGUGGCAUGUUCAUGAUCUAUGACCGACCGGGCUACAUGGGGAACCAGUUCUUCAUGAGGAGGGGAGAAUAUGCCGACUACAUGAGCAUGACCAGCAUGAAUGACUGUGUCAGAUCCUGCCGCAUGAUCCCCACGCAUGACAGCAGAUUCAGGAUGAGGCUGUAUGAGCAUUUUGACAUGGGAGGUGAGAUGAUGGAGCUGACAGACGACUGCCCCAACCUUAUGGAUCGUUUCCGCAUCUCCCACUUCAACUCCUGCAAUGUAAUGGACGGCCACUGGCUGCUGUAUGAGCAUCCCAACUACAGAGGGCACCACUACUACCUAAGGCCCGGUCGGUACAGGACCUUCAGCGAAUGGAGUGGCAGUAGCUCCAGGAUUGGCUCCCUCCGACGCCUCAUGGACCUCUAAUGACAGAAGCACGGUUCUAGUGAAAUGUCUUCUCUUUGCCUUGUUCUACAUGCUGAAUAAAAUGGCAUCAGUGCUCAA